AAUCCGAUCAGCAGGUCACAUGCAGCACCGGACAUCUUCGUACCAUGAUUCACUGUUCUUUGUCCAGCCCAGCUGAGCAAGACUGUGAAUCAUGAGGUCUAUGAGAAUUGUAUCGAGUGGUUUUGGUAUCCUCAACGCAAAAGAUGGCUUUGCAAUGAAUCUAGACCGAGACCUCAUUUCUAUCAUGAGGCAUUGCCCGGUGUGUUGGCUAGCAGUUGGAAUGCUAUAAGAGUAGGUAGUGCGUUGGCUUUUAUGAUAUUCAUCACCUCCAGGCUGCGUCCUUAGUACCAACAGCCUGAUCAUCCCUUCAUUCUCAAAAAAUUUAAUCUUCCAUACAGCAUGGCCCACAAACUAGACAGCACUGCUGUUACGCCCCAAGGUGCAACCUUUCCUCUAUACCGCGUCAAUACGGAUGUCUGCGACUACAAUGCCUACACCGAUGACACUGGCUGCUCAUGCAUCAUAUACACCGACACUUUUGACGACGUCAACACCAUUUGUCAGACUUCCUCGGCCCAAACGGCAUACUAUUGGACCGAUCGAACAAACUGUUUAGUGAAGACUAUCAAGGGCGAGAGCGUCGACCGUAUCGACAAAGGCAGAUCCGUCGACUCCAUGACUGGCAGUCAAUACUGCUCUGGUGUCUUCGAUUCAAAUGCACAAGUUCUCGAAUCAGUUUUGUCCAUGCCUGUAGGACCGGAUGUCAAUCUCGUAGCAUCAAAUCCACCGAGCUCGUCCUCGAGUGCUUCACAUGCUGCAAGUUCAUCGUCUUCGGUCGCGUCGUCAUCAUCAGACUCAUCCUCAUCGGGCGACUCGUCCUCAAACUCGCCCUCUGGGAGCUGGACCACUACCUCGUUCACAGGACCAUGCGAGUGCCAACAAUACCUUUGUUACACGACCGGCGGCUGCGAUGAAGCAAUCCCCUACACUUUCUCGGGCGCUGAUAGUUGCACUGCUGGCUCGACCUCGGUCUCGAAGAGCGAUGGUACGGACUACAGAUGUUUCGUCACUCUUCCAAACAGCAAAGAAACUCUAUUCUGUCAGUGCAGACCGGUCACGAACAAUGGAAUCUCGUCUACUUCAUCUCAAGGCUCUUCCCAAGGCUCUUCCCAAGGCUCUACCCAAGGUCAAUCUGCUUCCGGAGCGGGUGGAGCUUCAGUAGCCAGUGGUUCCGCUGCCGUAAUGUCGUCAACCCCGAGCAGAGCUACACAAUCAACGUCAACAACCGGUGGCUCUUCAGUUUCAACUGGACCGUCAACGACAGCUAUACCCAGUGGGCUGACAAGUAGAGCAAACCGCUCGCAAGGCCGGAGUGCAGGAUAUCUCAUGGUUGCACUUCUUGGUGUUUCUCUGGUCAUGCUGUGAGGAGAAGAUGAAAGCGUCAUAUGGCGUGCGGCCAACUGGCAGUUUUGUUUGAUCUCUGUUGGGCAAUGUUUGGAAUUGUUGAAUUGUAUGUGUACAGUAGGUAGCUUGGUGCGCUUAUAUUGAAUCUAGAUGUCUUCAUUUUUCUUGCAGAUCUCACAAGGUGACGAGACCAGUUCAGAUGCGACAAUGGUACCAC